AUGGAACCGACAGCAGCUAGAGGCAGAAAAUCAAAAAAAUAGUUGCCUCCUAAAAAGAAAUACUAAGAAGACUUAGAAAUUGAAGAUGAUGAGGAUAGCUAUAUGAACAUGAAAAUGAUGAAGAAAAUGGAGAAGUUAUAUGGCUAAGUAUAUAAUGAUUUACUUACAUUUGAAGAAGCAGAACAACUAAAAUAAGUAUUUGAGGAGUAAGAGGAGACUAAUGAGCACGAUGGGAACUAGAAUAUAGAUAUUAAUUAAGAAGAGCUGCAGUAGGUCUUGGAUCUGGAGUAGUUUGAAAAGAUAAUGAGAAAUCAAGAGGAUGUUGAAGAAUUUAUAGAAUAAGCUUAGAUGCUUAUGGAGUAGAUCCAGGAAGCAGAGGAGAAAAUAAUUAGAUUCCACCUAGGACUAGCAAAGCAGAUAAAGUGCUAGUUCUGUGAGCACAAAGGCAGUUCAAUAAUUGAAGAGAGAAAUACUUAUACAGCUUAUUUGCUCUCCAUAAUAGUUUUAAUAUUGCUGGGUUGGUUCGGUAUUUUAUUCGUGCCAUUUUGCCUUGGACUUUUGAGACAAUAAAUUCAUAGAUGUGCGAAGUGCUUGAACGCAGUCAAAGAAAAAUCCCUCUUCAGCAGUCUUGAAGAUAAUAUUUUAUCACUAUCGAUUGGUAAAUUUGGAAUAAUCAUCAAGAGGAGAACACUUGUCAAAUCCUUUGUAUUCUUGCUAUUGUCAUCAUUCAUUUUCUACAUUUUCAAGCAUUACUAUAUUGACCCGCUAAAUGACUAUGACCACUUUUAAUUCGAUGAGAAUAUAACUUGGAGUAGCUAUUUAACUGAUUGUGGUAGACAUGUCUAAUUAGAGUAGGCAAGAUAGCACUUCUACAAGAGAUAUAAACUCAAGCAUAUCCAAUGGCAAGGUUACGUUAUGAGAGUUGAUGCUAAUGAAGAAAGUCAGGUACACUUUGCUAAGAUUUUAGUACAGAUGGAUAGAAGAGAUUACCAUCCCUCAGAACAAGAUUUUGCUGAAAGGGAACCUGACUUAGUAAUUACUCUUACAGAAGCAGGAUUUGAAAGAAACUAAAAAGAAAUUGAAGAGUUAAGACGAGGUGAUAUAAUAAGAUUUAAUGCAACUAUUUCUCAUUUUGCAGUAUAGAAAGCCUAAGGUGAUCUCUCUAAAUACAAUAAUGAAGAUGAAUAACAAGUUCAUCAUCUUCAUGGAAUAGGAAUCGAAAAAAUAGGUCAUAAAGAAAAUGAUGAUAUAAAACCUCACUAUCAUUGGGAUGGCAGAUUCUAAUUUAAUCAAGAUCUAUAAAAUAAAGAUUUCAAUGUAGAUGGGACAGCUGAUGUGAGACCUUAUUCUCAAGACUCUCACUCAGGGCAUCAUCAUCAUUGA